UCUGUUUCCGUGUUGAGGCGUAGCAGUAUUCAGGGACAUGACCAGGCUGGGAACCUGCCGUUACCCUUAGCGUCACCUCAGCCACCGGCGAGAGAGAGAAGAUGGCGUCCAUGUUGCUGAGGAGCUGCAGCCAGCGGGUCUGCUGCCUCCCUAGGCCGCUGCGCCGGGAGCCCAAGUGGGGUAACUUGGGAGACCGUACUUGUCUCAGUUGUGUGUCUCUGAGGUUGAUUAACCAUCCAAAAGCUGUGCUGAAGAGAAAACAUUCGGUUACAAAGAAUAGCACCAAAAGGAAUGUACACUUCAAAUAUUGCACUAGUGUCCACCCUGUUUACAUGUACUCCAAGAAAGAUCAGUACAGUUGUUGGACUAAAGGACCUGAACAAAUGUACUUUAAAGUUGUGAGCUCUCCUGGCUCAUGGACUCCGCUUGCAAGUUUGGGCAUUUUGGGGCCCCAGUACCUUCCAGUACGAUGGUGGCAUUCUUCACAUCCCCGUAAUGAUGACUCCAUGGUGGAAAAGUCACUGAAGUCUUUAAAGGAUAAAACCAAGAAGAUGGAAGAAGGAGGCCCUGUAUAUAGUCCAACAGUAGAGGUGGUUAAAACAUCUCUUGGACAGAAGAUUGUGGAUGAGGUGAAGCACUAUUAUCAUGGCUUUCGAUUGUUAUGGAUUGACACAAAAAUUGCUGCAAGAAUGCUCUGGCGAGUACUUCAUGGCAACGUUUUGUCUCGCCGGGAACGGAGACAGUUCCUUCGGAUAUGUGCUGAUCUCUUUCGCCUGGUUCCUUUUCUAGUCUUCAUUGUUGUUCCAUUCAUGGAGUUUCUGCUUCCAGUGGCCCUUAAGCUGUUCCCUGGCAUGCUUCCUUCAACGUUUGAGACAAAAUCUAAGAAGGAGGAGAGAUUGAAGAAAGAAUUGAGAGUGAAACUUGAAGUGGCAAAAUUUCUUCAAGACACUAUUGAGGAGAUAGCCUUAAAAAAUAAAGCAGCCAAAGGAAAUGUUACUAAAGAUUUUUCUAUCUUCUUUCAAAAGAUCCGAGAGACUGGUGAAAGACCUAGUAAUGAGGAGAUCUUACGGUUCUCUAAACUGUUUGAAGAUGAGCUUACACUGGACAAUCUUACUAGGCCUCAGCUGGUGGCUCUCUGUAAACUGUUGGAACUUCAGUCAAUCGGGACAAAUAACUUUCUGCGCUUCCAGCUGACCAUGAGGUUGAGGUCCAUGAAAGCAGAUGACAAACUGAUUGCGGAGGAAGGAGUUGACAGUCUGACUGUUAAAGAACUGCAGGCAGCAUGUAGAGCAAGAGGUAUGAGAGCUCUUGGCGUAACAGAAGAACGACUAAAGGAACAACUCAAACAGUGGCUAGAGCUGCACCUGGACCAACAAAUCCCCACUUCAUUGCUUAUUUUAUCCAGAGCUAUGUAUCUUCCGGAUACACUUUCACCAGCUGAUCAGCUCAAAACAACACUCCAGACCCUACCAGAGAGUGUGGCCAAAGAGGCUCAAGUCAAAGCAGCAGAAGUCGAGGGUGAAAAAGUAGAUAAUAAAGCUAAGCUGGAAGCAACCCUUCAGGAAGAAGAAGCCAUUAGAAAAGAAAAUCAAGAAAAAGAGAUGGAAAGAAUGUCUGAAGCUGCUGAGAAAGCCAAAGAAAUCCUUCAGGUUGCAGCAAGGAAGGAGAUGGAGUCUGCAGUGGAUCUUGAAGCAGCUGCUGUACAUGUGAAGAAAAGCCAGAUAGCUGUGGAUACUGAACAUGAACUGGCUAGUGUGGAUUUGACACUACAUUCAGAGACCUUGAAAGAUACAGCACCAGUGUUAGAAGGCAUUAAGGGUGAGGAAAUAACCAAGGAGGAGAUUGACAUGCUGAGUGAUGCUUGCACCAAACUGAAGGAAAAGAAGAAAUUGUUAACAAAAGAAAAGGAGGAGCUUGAGGAGCUAAAGGAUGAUGUUCAGGAAUAUAGUGAGGAUUUGCAAGAGAUAAAGGAGCUAUCUAAAACAGGACAAGAGGAUGUAGUGGAAGAGUCUAAAGCAAGCAAGCGGUUGACCAAAAGGGUGAACCGAAUGAUUGGACAAAUUGGCAAAAUUAUUAAUGAAUUAGAGACAGACCAAAAGGUGGUGGAUGGACAGUUGGACAGUGGUGCUAGUCCACCUAUUGGGGAGAAUCUCAUCAGUAUCAACGAGCUUAUUAGUGUGAUGAAACAAAUCCAGAAGUUUCCAGAGAACAAACUGAAUAGGAUUGCUGAGGCAUUAGAUGAAAACCAGGACGGCAAGAUUGAUAUAAAUGAUGUUGCCAAGGUGGUAGAAUUAAUUGACAAAGAAGACAUUGAUAUCUCAACAAGUCAGGUUGCUGAGAUUAUAGCACUGCUUCAAAAAGAAGAGAAACUGGAAGAAAAAGAGAAGGCAAAAGAAAAGGUUGAGAAAGAAGCUGUGGAAGUAAAGAAUUAA